AUAAACACAAACACAGACACCCACUCUCUUGACCAUAAUGUUUAUUUUCCUCUUAUUCUUCCUCCUCUUAACAUGCACUUUUCAUCAUGUCUCCACCACCACCAAGAACCACAACCAAACUCACCUUCAACCACCACAUACCAUGGAUCCACUAGAGUUACAAACCCUUUAUACCAUCAUGGAAACACUCUCUUCUGACCAAAAAUGGAGACUCAACUAUCCAAACCCAUGUAAAGCCACAACUACUUGGGUUGGGAUUGAAUGCAAACAAGGUGUUCAAGACUCUCAUUUUCAUGUCACAAGACUAGAUUUUGGUACACUACCAAACCCUACUUGCAAAAACAACAUUGUCUCUUUCCCUUCACAAAUCUUUCAACUUCCUUACCUUCAAUCUAUCUUCUUUUUUCAAUGUUUUACCAAGAGCAAAACAACACUUUCUUUCCCAAAAAGCCCCAACAAUCUUGUCACACCUUCUUCUUUGCAACAAAUAAGUCUUAGAUCAAACCCCAAUCUUGUUGGCACAAUUCCAUCUCAACUUUUCACUCACUUGCCUUCACUUCAAAUCCUUACAUUGUCACAAAGCAAGCUCUCCGGUGAGAUCCCACCAGAGAUCUCGAAGUUGGGUUCACUUGUUCAUCUAGACUUGAGCUAUAACCACCUCACCGGUGACAUACCCAGUGAACUAUCCAACCUAAAGAACCUAGUGGGACUUGACUUAAGUUACAACUCACUCAAAGGCUCAAUCCCAAACACAAUUGGACAACUUAGUAUGCUUCAAAAGCUAGACUUGAGUUCAAACUUGCUCACCGGAAGUAUCCCCACCACCAUUGAAAAGUUAACAUCUUUGGUGUUUAUAGAGCUAAGCAACAAUGGCUUUCAUGGAAAACUACCACUUGGGCUAGUAAACUUAAAGGGCUUAGAGUACUUCAUCAUGGAAAACAACCCAAUGUCAAUCCAACUUCCCAUUUUGUUUGGCCAACUUCCAAAGUUACAAGAACUCCGGCUAGCGAACUCCGGCUACUCCGGCGAGAUUCCGGCCAGUUUUUCACAGUUGUCAAAUCUAACCACAUUGUCCUUGCAAAACAACAAGCUAACAGGAAACAUUCCGUUGGGGUUUGGAAAUCUUUCACAUAUAUAUCACUUGAACUUGAGCAAGAAUUUGUUGAGUGGAGAGGUACCAUUUGAUUCAAGUUUCUUGAAAAGACUAGGGAAGAAUUUGGACUUGAGUGAAAACACACAGUUGUGUGUGAAUCCAAUGCAAGCAUAUGAUAGUGCCAAACUUGGAGUUGACGUGUGUGAUAAAAGAAGUACACGUGUGGGUAAUAAUAAUAAUAUUAGUAGCAAUUCGAUGGUGAAGCCAUUGAAGAAAUCUAAAGGCCGGGUAGUUGGAUUCAGCAGGCCAACUUUAUUCUUUAUGUUUCUUAUUGCUUUGGGUGUGUACGUUAGAAUUUAAAAGUUUAUAUAUUUCUUUGUAUUAAUUUGUUAUCCGUGAUUAUAAUAUUUCCUAGAUCAUAUAUAUAAAAUUUUGUUUUAAUUGAGUUUAUAUA